GUUGGUGGGGUUAGUGGAACUGGAGGAGGACAGAUCCUCCCUCCCUGUAUGGCCCAGCCUCCACUCGGUGCAGGCUGCUGAUUGCCCUUCCGAAGAGAAAACCUGUCUUUGUAAGAAACCGCCCAAUACUAACAUUUAACACCCUUUUGCUAUCUUCUCUCUAUAUAUACUCAUCGCAAUUCAUCACCGUCUUUCAUCUUAUCCUUUACUUAAUACAUAUUUUCUUCUCUGAUAUCUCUUUCCAGCUCCUCAGAUAUUAGUUAAUUUCUUCACAAUCUUGAAAACUCCAUCUUUGUUUUCCUUCUUGUUCAUACUAAAUUCCAAGAUGAGCCAAAACCUGCAGCAGAUCAAUCAACCAUCAGAUGCAUACCCACCACCAUCCACUGCGCCAGGAUCCUAUUUGACUCCACCACCAGCUGGUUACCCCAUGACCAAAGAUGGUCAGCAAUAUCCCCAGAAUCCUGUUGCAAUCGAAACCAAAUCCAGAGGUGAUGGAUUCUGGAAGGGAUGUUGUGCUGCUCUGUGCUGUUGCUGUGCUCUCGAUAUAUGCCUUUGAAGAUUUAUGCAGCUUUCAUUCAUCAAAGCUUAUUGUUCCAUUGUUCAAUAGUUUGAUUGUCUGAUCAUCAUACAAUGGGGAAUGAUAGGCUUCUUCUCUUUUGUGUAAAUGGGGAUGAUCAGACUUAGGUUUCUUUCCUCAAAUACCUGUGUUUGAAUAAAUUAUAUUAUUGUAUUUUUUUUUUACGGUGGUCAGUUUGUCACAAUCCAUUUGGAUAUCUUUGUGAUCUAUUGGUUAAAUGAUUUGACUUUCUAAUAUCAAUCAAUCUCAAAUAAAA